AUGUCGCCAUCCUCCCCUAUGUCGCCGUCUCGACGACGCAGAAACCCAUCCAACCUAGCUCUUUCAUCUGAUUCCCCUUCAGCCUUUACUCCAAAUGGAUACAGUCAGAGUCCCUUAAAAUCACCGCAAACUCCAAGAUAUCCCAUUCCAAUGUCACCCAUGAGCCCCAGACAACCUAGCUCAGAGGCGAUGGACAGAUCAGCAAGGUUUUCCGUGGAUUUUACGGCCCAGGCGGAUUCGGGUGGAGGCGGAUUGGGGAACCUUGCAGACGAACUGGCAGAUGUUUGGGACGAGGACGGGGAAUGCGAAGAAGACGAGUCUGGGUUCCAUGAAGAGCAUGAUCACGUACAGAUAUAUGAAAAGGAAGAUGAUUCAACGACUAGACGGACACACGAUGCUAGGAGCGAUUCAGACGAGGAGCAUUCACGGGAUGGAGAGUCAAAUUGGAAGAGUCUACAGAUUCCAAAGCAGAAAUCAAAAGCAGGGCAACAACAAAGGUCUCGCCGGCGUGAACGUCUCUAUGACGGCUCGGAUUAUGGUAAUGACUCGGAUUUUGGAGAACCAGGUGACCUCACCCCAGGACUGGAGGCGCGUAUGGCUGCACUUGAAAAUCUUGUUCGAUGGAGCACAGGAAACAACGGGUCUUCGGGGCAAAUCGUACAGCGGAUAAUUGAGAGCUUGCGGGAGUUGGUUGGCCAGAGCGGGAUUGAGAAUAGUGCUACUAGACUUAUCACCGCCCACGCAUCCCUCACCUCCCAUCUCACCUCCCAGACACGCGCAUUACAAACCCUCACCCACCCCCUUCUCUUUUCACCUUUCCCCAUCCUGUCCUCAGAAGCCAUAGACGACCUCAUCCCCUUAAUAAAUGACAUCCUACCAAACCUCCCUUUCCCCGUCCCCAAAACCCCGCAUUCCCAACAAUCUCAAACCUCCGUUGCCGAUCCCCUCCACUCUCUCCAAGCACUCCUCUCUCAGACGUCAGAUCUCACCCACACCCUUCGGGCGCUCAAUGACACCAUCCACGAGUCCCGCCAGCUUAUCUCGGCGGCAUCACGGCGGCUCAAGUCCGUGCGGGAACUGGUCGCGGAGAUGCAGAGGGAAGAAGAGAGACGGGAGGAGGGAACGAGAUGGAUCGAGAAGGGAGAGUGGGAUAGGCGAUUGCAAGAGCGGGAAGCUGGAAGAGUUUGCGGAGAUGUGGUGAGUGGCUUUGAAGCUGUGUGUGGAGAGUGGAGGGCACGGCUUUUUGGGUCAGAGGUUGCCGCCGCAUCAUAG